UCAUUCAACCUUCGCUUGUGCGCUCUCAAGAUCCCUAAGGACUUUUCACGAGGCACCAUCUUUAAUAAAAAAUCACAUCAAUUAAAGAAUUAUAUUGCUUCAAAUUUGACUGAGGCCAAUUGCCGGCAACACUGUAGCAUCAUUUCCGACCUGGACAAAUGCGAUUUGUGUUCUGGUUAUCCGUACAACUACACUUGCCUAGAGCGAGAUGAAUGUCUACAUCAGAUUCAUAAUUGCGACUCCAAUGCUGCGUGUACCAACACGGUUAGGUCCUACAACUGCACGUGUAACUCUGGGUUUUACGGUGACGGCAUAUCCUGCAAAGUUGUUACAUGCGCUACUCCAUUAGCGCCUACAUUUGGCAGUUUCUCUCUACCGGCUGGUGUAUCAAGCUUUGUCUAUAACACACUGGGAACAUUUGCCUGCAAUCCCGGCCAUCACCUUGUCGGCCAUGCCACCACACAGUGUUUAGCCAAUGGUGAUGUCAGCAGCACACCGCCCAUGUGCCAGAACGUCAAUGAGUGUGCAAGUCCCACUUUGCAUACAUGCGAUCAAAAUGCGUUGUGUAGUGAUGUGAUUGGAACGUUCAGCUGCAAGUGUAUGGUUGGGUACACUGGCGAUGGACAAGCUGGAAACUGCCACAUUGUUACAUGCGCUACUCCAUUAGCGCCUACAUUUGGCAGUUUCUCUCUACCGGCUGGUGUAUCAAGCUUUAUCUAUAACACACUGGGAACAUUUGCCUGCGAUCCCGGCCAUCGGCUUGUCGGCCAUGCCACCACACAGUGUUUAGCCAAUGGUGAUGUCAGCAGCACACCGCCCAUGUGCCAGAACGUCAAUGAGUGUGCAAAUACCACUUUGCAUACAUGCGAUCAAAAUGCGUUGUGUAGUGAUGUGAUUGGAACGUUCAGCUGCAAGUGUAUGGUUGGGUACACUGGCGAUGGACAAGCUGGAAACUGCCACAUUGUUACAUGCGCUACUCCAUUAGCGCCUACUUUUGGCAGUUUCUCUCUACCGGCUGGUGUAUCAAGCUUUGUCUAUAACACACUGGGAACAUUUGUCUGCAAUCCCGGCCAUCGCCUUGUCGGACAUGCCACCACACAGUGUUUAGCCCAUGGUGAUGUCAGCAGCACACCGCCCAUGUGCCAGAACGUCAACGAGUGUGAUAAUUCCACAUUGCAUACAUGCGAUCAAAAUGCGUUGUGUAGUGAUGUGAUUGGCACAUUCAGCUGCAAGUGUAUGGGUGGGUACACUGGUGACGGCCAAGCUGGAAACUGCCACAACAUUGAUGAAUGUUUGCCGGCUAGCCCAUGCCAUGAGGAUGCUAGCUGCAUUGAUAAUGAUGGCGGAUUCAUGUGUCUGUGCAAGUCAGGUUACCACGGAAAUGGAACUCAAUGUCAAGUUGUGUGCACAAAUCCCUGGGUGAAAAAGAACAAAGCAUGUGAAUGUAAACCGAGACCAGACGGACCCAUCUGCACAGAAGUGUGCAAUUGCUUGAAUGAUGGUCAGUGUUCUGAAGACGGCACCUGCAACUGCCGGAAAGGUUUCCAUGGAGACCAGUGUCAACAUGCUUUCAAGACAAAGUGCCUGGGCACAAAUAAUGCAAUAUACACCUGGAUUGCUCUUGCCAGCUUGCCAUGUUAUCCACAUCUCGACUAUGGCAGCUGCCAGAAGAAAACGAACUUUGUGCACGCCCGCGAGAUGUGCAUGAGAAGAGGAUACAACGUCGUAGACUAUAAUUCCUUCACUGAGCUUGGCUUGAUGCUGGGUGUUAGCGACUGCAUAAAAUCAUUGGUGAGCGAGAUGAUGGCUAGACGUAACAGCAGUUACAGCACCCCUCUCAAGAUAUGGACAUCGUACAUGUACUUUGGUCAGCAUGUUAUUUACAAGCAAGGCAAGGACAACUCGAGCGACGCACUAUUUGACAGGGAUGGAAGAGGGAAUCAUGAUGUCAUCUGUGAAGCCAAAUGGCUCCAGGCCAACGGUUCUGUACACGCCGCAGCAAGUCCAGCACACAGACCCAGUGUGACUGAGCAGUUCGCAGAGGCCGCAUGUCAGGAGUACGGAUAUCAUCUCAUUACCAAGGAGUGGCUAGAAGAACAUGGCUAUGUGUUAACAGAGCGCUGGCUAGAGAAGUUGGCCUUAUUGCAUAAGCACCAGCAAGCACCUUACCACGUCGCGUCAAUCCGAGUCAAUGGCCGUUCCCUUUACAGAACCGUAAUGUUUAGCGCGCAAAAGCAGACGUUUCAGAACGCCACAAGCAAAACUCAAGCCCAGAUUCUCUGUGUCAAAACAUGUGAGACCGGUGUUCUUGGACCAAACCUGAGUUGUGUGUGUAACCGCACCUCAACCUAUGGUCAAUAUUGUGAAAAGGCAUGCAAGUGCUUGAAUCAGGGUCAGUGUGACAACAAAGGUGAAUGCAGCUGCCCGAAAGGAUUUACCGGAGACAAGUGCCAACUCGUUGUGUGUACACAUCCCUGGGUGAAAAAGAACAAAUUAUGCGAAUGUACGACCGGACUAGAUGGACCUAACUGCACAGAAGCAUGCAAAUGCUUGAAUGACGGCCAGUGCACCGAAGAUGGCACCUGCAUCUGCCGGAAAGGUUUCCAUGGAGAUCAGUGUCAGAACAGUUUCAAGACAAAGUGCCUGGGUACAGAUAAGGCAAUGUACACCUGGAUGGCUCUCGCCGCCUUGCCGUGUCAUCCACACCUCGACGGUGACAGCUGCCAGAAGAAGACGAACUUGACGCAUGCCCGACAGAUGUGCAAGAGAAGAGGAUACGACGUGGUAGACUAUAAUGCCUUCACAACCCUGUCUCUGGGCGUGCGGGACUGCAUGGAAGCAUUGCUCAACAAGAUGAUGGCAAGCAAUUUCAACAACCCUAUCACAAUAUGGACAUCUUUCUUGAGGGAUGGCAAGCAUGUCAUUUACAAGGAGGGCAAGAACAACUUAAGAGAAGAGUUACAUGAUAGUAGUGGAGCAAGCCAUCUUGAUUUCGAGAUGAUGGCGAGCGGUGACAGCAACCCUUUCUCCCUAUCAUCAGGGCAAGGACAAGUUAAGAACAAGUUGAGAGAAGAGUUAUAUGAUGAUGGUAGUGGAGCAAGCCAUCUUGAUGUCAAGAUGAUGGCGAGCGGUGACAGCAACUCUAUCUCCCUAUCGUCAGGGCAAGGACAAGUUAAGAACAAGUUGAGAGGAGAGUUACAUGAUGAUGGUAGUGGAGCAAGCCAUCUUGAUGUCAAGAUGAUGGCGAGCGGUGACAGCAACUCUAUCUCAAUAUCGGCAUCGCUCGAGGAGGAUGACCAAAAUAUCAUGUACCAGCAGGGCAAGAACGAUUUAAGAGAAGAGUUACUUGAUAGUAAUGGAGCAAGCCAUCAUGAUGUCAUCUGCGAAGCCAAGUGGCUUCACGCCAACUCCUCAGUAUACACCACAGCAACGCCAGCGCUGAGGCCCAACGUCACUGAGCAAUUCGCAGAGGAGGCAUGUGAGCAGUACGGACUUCACCUCAUAACCGGGGCCUGGCUGCAAGCACAUGGCCAUGUACUAAGAGAGAGCUUCCUAGAGAGAUUGGCUAUUCGGCAAGCACCUUACCACGUCAAACCAAUCGUGGUGAACGGCAACUCCCUUUUCAGGACCGUAACGUUUAGCGAGGGAAAACAGAGGUUUGUGAACACCACAAGCAAUCACCGAGCCCAAAUCCUCUGUGUCAUGUGCAAGUGUUUGAACCAGGGUCAGUGUGACGACAAAGGCAAAUGCAUCUGCCCGAAGGGAUUCACCGGAGACAAUUGCCAGAAGGUUGUGUGCACACAUCCCUGGGUGAAAAAGAACAAAGUAUGCGAAUGUAAACCCAGACUAAAUGGACCUAACUGCACAGAAGCAUGCAAUUGCCUGAAUAAUGGUCAGUGUACUGAAGACGGCACCUGCGUCUGUCCGACCGGAUUCCGGGGAGACCAAUGUCAGGACAAUUUCAGGACAAAGUGCCUGGGUACGGACAAGGUGAUGUACACCUGGACGGCUCUCGCCGGCUUGCCGUGUUAUUCUGGCAGCUGCCCGAAGAUAACCAGUUGGACGAAAGCCAGAGACGCAUGCAGAGAUAGGGGAUAUCAGCUGGUCGACUUUAAAACCUUCACCUUGCUCGGCUCAAAGCUUGGUGUGCGUGGCUGCGUAAAGUCAUUGCUCCACGAGAUGAUGGUGAACAGUAACAGCAGCCCGAUCACGAUAUGGACAUCAUCCGAGUACAAUCGUCGGCAUAUUAUUUACAAGCAGGACAAGAACAAAUCGGGUGGUGCAAUAUUUAGUGUUCAUGGGUUCGGCCGUCACAAUGUCAUCUGCGAAGCCCAAUGGCUCCAUGCCAACGAUUCUGUAUACGCCGCAGCAACUCCAGCACUCGGACCCAGCGUGACUGAGCAGUGCGCAGAGAACGCAUGUCAGCAGUACGGACUUCGCCUCAUAACCAAAGACUGGUUACAAGAACAUGGCCAUGUGUUAAGAGAACGCUGGCUAGAGAGAUUGGCUUUAGAUAAGUCCGACGGAUUAGGUUACCACGUCGCGCCAAUCCUGGUCAAUGGUCAGUCCCUUUACAGAACAGUAAAAUUUAGCAGACAACAUGUGACGUUUAAGAACAAAACAAGCCAUGAGGAUGCCAAGAUUCUCUGUGUCAAGUCCUGUGGGAGCGGUGUUCUUGCACCAAGCAUGAGUUGUGUAUGUAACCACACUAUGUCCUACGGUGAAGAAUGUGAAAAGGCAUGCAAGUGCUUGAACCAAGGUGAGUGUGAUAACAAAGGUGAAUGCAGCUGCCCUAGGGGAUUCACCGGCCACCAUUGCCAACUCGUUGUGUGCGAGGAACCCUGGGUCAAAAAGAGCAAAGUGUGCGAAUGUCAACAGGGACUAGAUGGACCCAACUGCACAGAAGCAUGUAAUUGCUUGAAUGACGGUCAGUGCACUGACGAUGGCAGUUGCAACUGCCGGAACGGUUUCCAUGGAGACAAGUGUCAGCAUACUUUCAAGACAAAGUGCCUGGGUACAGAUAACGCAACGUACACCUGGAUGGCUCUCGCCAGCUUGCCGUGUCAUCCACACCUCGACGGUGACAGCUGCCAGAAGAAAACGAACUUGACGCAUGCUCGCCAGAUGUGCACAAGAAGAGGAUACAACGUGGUAGACCAUGAUUCCUUCACCAAUCAGACGCUUGGCGUGCGCGACUGCAUGGGAGCAUUGCUCAACAAGAUGGUGACGAGCUCUUACAGCAACCCUACUUCAAUAUGGACAUCGUUCGUGAAGGAUGACCAACAUCUCAUAUACCAGCAGGGCAAGAACAGUUUGACUAAAGAAUUGUAUGAUAGUGAUGGAACAAGCCAUCAUGAUGUCAUCUGCGAAGCCAAGUGGCUCCAUUACAACGACUCGGUAUACGCCGCAGCCACGCCAUCACUGAAACCCAACGUGACUGAGCAGUUUGCAGAGGAGGCAUGUCAGGAGUACGGACUUCACCUCAUAACCUAUGACUGGCUGCAAGCACAUGGCCAUGUAUUAAGAGAGCGCUGGCUAGAUAGAUUGGCUCUUCGGCACGCACCUUACCACGUCAAACCAAUCCGAGUGAAUGGCAACUCCCAUUACAUAACUGUAACGUUUAGAAAUCGCAGUAAUCCAUUUCAAAAUUCCACAAUUAAUCGCCACGCCAAAAUUCUCUGUGUCAAGCACUGUGCUAAUGGCGUUCUGGCCCAGGACCUGAGUUGCAAGUGCAACCGCACUGUCUUCUAUGGAGAAUACUGUGAAAAGGACGACUGCAAGUGCUUGAACCAGGGCCAGUGUGACAACGAGGGUAAAUGCAUCUGCCCGACAAGAUUCUACGGAGAACAUUGCCAACUCGAGUGCAGAACAUGUCUGAACCAGGGUCGCUGUAAUGAAGACGGCACCUGCACCUGCGCUGAAGGAUGGAUUGGUGACCGGUGCCAGACUCGGUGUGCGGACACGGACCCAUGCUGCGAGAACAAGCGCAUCGUGACACGCCGGGAUCAGGUCUGCCGCGGCGCCACCAGCAACUGUGACGUGGUGGAGUACUGCGACGGCGAGAAUGCCACAUGUCCACAGGACCUGACCGCACGCAAUGGCUGGCCUUGCUCUAAUAAUCAAGCAUCCUGCUGGAGUGGAGUUUGCCAAUCACGAACUGGCCAGUGUCAGAGUGUCUGGAACGAUAUGGAUCAAGGGUCAGCUCCUGAGGAUUGCUUCUCAAUCAUGAACGUAUUUGGAGAACGUACGGGUAACUGUGGUUUCAAUUCGUCCAAUUCCACCCCAGGAACCUAUGCAGCCUGUGCGGCUGGAGAUGCCCUAUGUGGUAGUUUGUUCUGCCUUCCAGUUGUUCGAAAGAACCAACCCAGUAGUGAUGUUCUGUCAAACACCGUUCCCGUACGCGGUGAUGGCGGUAUAAUCAGGUGCAAUGGUUUGUACGCGUCCCCGCCAAGAAGCCACGAUGACCCAUCGCUCGUGAAGGACGGAACACGCUGUGAUGCCAGCGGCGCUAACAAGGACCUCGUGUGCCACAAGCAACGCUGCGUGGACCAGUCUCGAGUCACCAGUCAGUGUUCGGUCGAUGCUGACAGCGGCAAAGAGUGUGGUGGAGUCGGUGUCUGUACAAAUGUAACAACCUGCCUUUACCAACCCACACCUGAGAGCAACGAGUCCGCUAACACUACCCAGGCUGCUACACCCACGACCAGUUACUCAAUAACCAAACCAACGGGCGACCCAGCCACAACUACUCCAACUGAAGUCGUCUAA